AUGACCAGGAACAGCGUUGUUACCACCGGGUGUCUAGGCGGCGAGACCCUCGGGGCCAUGGCCCCCAACCGCUUGGAAAUUAGCGACUUCAUCAAGAACGAGAAGAUGUUCUCGCUAUACAUCCAGGCACUGCAGGUCAUGAUGGACACGCCGCAGGACGACCCAGAGUCGUUCUUCCAAAUAGGCGCAAUCCAUGGGCUCCCAUACGUUCCCUGGGAUGGCGUCGGAGAAGCGUCGCAAGCGGAGGCGUCCGGCUACUGCACCCAUGGCUCGGUACUCUUCCCUACGUGGCACCGGCCGUACGUGGUGUUAUACGAGAAACACGCCAUUCAGAUUGCCAGGAAGUACGUAUUUGAGGGAUACUCCUGGCGGAAGGCCGCGGCAGACCUCCGGCAGCCGUAUUGGGACUGGGCCACAAACGCGGUGCCACCGCCAGAGGUUAUCAGCAUGGAGCGCGUCACAAUCAUCACCUCGGACGGUCGGAGGGCCCGCGUGAAGAACCCCCUGCUCCGCUAUCGCUUCGACCCUGUAGACCCGAGCUUCGCGGGCCCUUUCGCGAAAUGGCCAUCGACGGUCCGUCAUCCGACAAGUGAGAAAUCCGGGGCGAAGGACGAUGUGGAGGCGCUGAUAUCGAUGCUGCAGGCGAACCAAGCCGACCUCACCUCGAAGGUGUAUAACCUGCUUACACGCACGCACACAUGGCCUUCCUUCAGUUGCAACGCUCCCGGGGACGGGGACAGCACGAGUAACAGUCUGGAAGCCAUACAUGACGCCAUCCACAAUUGUGUAGGCGGCCCCGGCCACAUGGGCGAUCCCGCAUAUGCUGGCUUCGACCCUAUAUUCAUGUUACACCACGCUCAAGUCGAUCGCCUGCUCUCGCUAUGGGCUGCCCUUCACCCAAACAUCGGGGUGAGCGAGGCCUCUGCGUCCGGUGGGACUUUCACCAUCCCGUCGAAUUCUGCGAUCGAUGAGAAUACCGAACUCACGCCGUUCAGGAGCAGACGGAGCACGUUCUGGACAUCCCGCGCAGCAGGCGGACCUUGCCCAACGCACUUGGGCUAUUCGUAUCCGGAGUUCAACAAUCUGGGUUCAAAGGACGCGGUUGAAGUCGCCCAGCAUGUCGCCGAGGUUAUCAACGCGCUCUACGCACCUCAAAGGUUGCGACACUAUCUCCUUCCCGGGGCGACCAAGCGACGUCACAGCGUAACCUGGGUCGAUGAAGUCUCGCAUUCCUUCCAGCAGACCCUCCGAAUCUCCAAACUCCCUCACGAUGCCUGGUCCAUAUUCGAGGUCCCCGCAGAGGACGACGAGCUCACCGCUGGCUAUAUCGUCCUGCUCCCUGAUCCUUCUCGCAUCCAGAGCUUGCCGUCCCAUACGCUGUGGGAGUGGUCCGUCCGGAUCCGCGUCAAGAAGUUUGAAGUCGGGCGCAGCUUCGCCAUCCUCGUCUUCCUCGGUGACGUGCCGGAGGACCCUCAAGAAUGGUACGCAGCGGCCACGUACGUCGGCGCGCACCACGCGUUCGUGAACAGCGCCCCGGCGCGGUGCGCGAACUGUCGUCGGCAGGGGGACGCUGUGACCGAGGGCUUCGUGCACCUCAACGACGCUAUCGCGAAGCAUGCUGCUCUGCAAUCCCUAGAGCCGGAGAGCGUGAAGCCAUACCUGCGGCGGGAUCUGAGUUGGCGAGUUCGUAGGGUCGAUGGUCAUGCGAUAGCCCCGGAGAGCAUAGGAUCCUUGGAGCUCUUAGUCGUUGCACAACCUCUCUCUCAUCCGGGUGAUGGUCAGCGAUUCUUCUCGCAGGGACGGCCGAGGUAUUAUCCGGAGAUCACCACCUCGCAUGUGAAGGGCUUCUACCCUGGACAGGUAGCAUAG